AUGGAUCGACACAGGAGAUUUCAUGAUGGAUUACAGAGUGAAUAUGAGCAUGGAGCGGAUUACGGAAGCGACUAUAUCCCAGUUAUCUGUAAACUUAUGGUGAAACUAAAGAAGCUAAAACAAGCUAAACCAACGCCAAGGCUGCAGUUCGAAGCUUUCCAAAGUAACCCCGUACUGAGAGAAACAUAUGAGCCAACAGUCAUUCCAAUAAAAGGAAAGCAGUACAGAAGUAAAUGGAUUAUAGGCAAGAUCUUGGUGCUGAUGAAGAAAAGGCAGAUGACUGGGAAGCAUAAUAGCCGAGAAUACAAGGAUAUAGAUAAAGAGAUAAAGAACAAAUGUCGUGAAGCCAAAGAAGCAUGGUUAAGUGGUAAAUGCGAAGAGAUUGAGAGAUAUAAAAAUACUGACCCAUCUUCGAUGCACAGGAAAAUGAAGGAGCUUGCAGGCAAGAAGUCGUGCUCUUCAGGAGGAUGUUUGAAGGCAAAAGGCAGGACGAUCAUCUUAGAAAAGGACAAAAUUUUAGAAAGGUGGACAAAAUAUACGCAAGAGCUGUUUCAGGAUGACCGAGGUGAGAAACCAAUUAUUAGGAAGAGCAUAGAAGGCCCUAUUAUAUUAAAAUCUGAGGUGCGUGCAGCAGUGAAUAAGAUGACAAAAAAUAAGGCAGCUGGUCCAGACAAAAUCAUGACAGAAAUGAUUGUACCACAAGAAGAAUUUGGAAUUGAAAAACUCACAGAUGUCAUUAACGAGAUCUAUGACAGCGGUGAAUUUCCCGAGGUGCUAAGUAAAUCAAUCUUCAUUGCACUACCGAAGAAGCCGGGAGCCAUAGAAUGUGAACUACAUAGAACUAUAAGUCUAAUGAGUCAAAUCACAAAGAUUAUUCUGAAGGUUAUUAUGGCAAGAGCAAGAAGCAAAUUGAGACCAGAAAUUGGCAAAGAACAAUGUGGUUUCGUAGAAGAUUCAGGGACUAGGAAAGCAACUUGGAUGAUGAGAAUGUCAUCAGAGAGAGCUGUUGAAAUGCAGAAAGAUAUGUAUAUGUGCUUUGUCGAUUACACGAAAGCAUUUGACAAGGUACAGCACGAAGAGCUAUUACAAACACUACAAAGACUGGACAUGGAUGGGAAAGACAUAAGACUGCUUAGGAAUUUGUACUGGGGGCACGAUUUGUCACACGAUUUGUUCAACCUGUACUCAGAACUAAUUCUAAGAGAACUGGAAGGUCUGCAAGAGUUCGUCAUAGGAGGUCAUAACAUGAACAACAUACGCUAUGCGGAUGACACAGUGCUAAUUUCUGAAUCGGAGGGAAAGUUACAAGAACUGCUUGACAAGGUAGUAGAGAAAAGUGCAAAGAAAGGUUUAACGAUCAACUGCAAGAAAACGGGUUACACAUUGAAAACAAUACAAUUAAGCAAGUCAGCAAGUUUAACUACCUGGGAAGUAUUAUUGUCGAAAAUGGGAAAUGUGAGGAUGAAAUUAAAAGAAGAAUUGGGAUGGCUAAGGACGCAUUUCAGAAGCUAA